GAACAAACGUGAAUUAAGGUCGACCCAUUUGUCGUUAUAGACUGUCGUCCCCCAACGAGAUUAUAUUCCGACAUCUUUUCUUCCUCUUUCCCCCCAUAAACCUCCAACAAACUCGUCGUUACCCAUUUUAAACGGAGUGCUGUACCCGUAUUUACCGUUGUUUACCUUUUCUAGAUUUCUCCCAUAACCUUACCCUACCCCACACAAUCGUGUCUCCAUACUUGCCCCCUCCCCUCCUUCCAGCAUAAAUACACAGGCGGAACGAUAAUGGCCUCGACAUACCCCUACAGCAUGGAUCACUACAUUCAACCGGGUAGCCUCUCCCUUGAUACACGGCGGCAGCAGCAGCAGCAGUGGUUAGACGAUGACGAGUCGUCAAUACUGGACGAUACCAUACUCGACAGCAACAACAACCUCCUCGACUCUGCCCUCGAUAUGUCCCCCAUCGACCGACGACGACCCUCUCUCCUUGAAACUAAUGCCAUCUUUUCCCCGUCAAACGACUGGGAUUUUGAAGAUCAUGAUAUGGGUCUGUCUGCGGGUCCAGCAGACGAUAACUCGCCCGUGCCGGCGGCAACCUUCGAGCACAGCAACGGAACAAACAACCCGUUCAUUAAACUUGAGCAGGCUCAGCCCGCGUUUGCCCAGCAGAACGGCUCGUGGUCGUCUAAUCAUGGCGCAUCGGGUUCGUGCACUCCUACCGUGUACGACAACAACGCCUUCCCCAACACAGCCUUCGAAGAUGGCUCGGCAUAUCUGGCUCCCACUCUCGGGGGUGCUGGCCCGGCUGGCGCCUUUGGCAGUGACAUUCACAUCACCCCUCAUGCCACAGUAUUCCAGGGUGCUGGUGCAGUCUCUUCCAUUCCUUCCACCCCGGCUCAGAAGGAUUGGGCACAGGCUUCCAGUGCUGAGGGUCACGAUUCGCAGCCCAUGCAGAAGAGGAUGAGGCCUCAGAGCCCCGCUCCCCGUGCUCACUCCCCGCUACAUGUUAUGCGACGAGAUGGGAUCCGAAAGAAGAAUGCUCGCUUCGAUAUCCCGGCCGAGAGGACUUUGAUGAAUAUUGACCAGUUGAUUGCCCGCUCUCAGGAUGAUAAUGAGAUCAAGGAGUUGAAGCAACAAAAGCGGUUACUCAGGAACCGACAGGCUGCGUAUGUUUAGCCACCUCCCCGAUUUCGGUUUAACCGGGAUUGGAAAUUUGUUUGUUGCAGGGCUGACAGUGAAUUUAGUCUCGACUCACGGCAACGAAAGAAGCAGCACACUGAGCGUUUGGAGGAGGAGAAGAAGCUCCACAGUGCUGUUAUCCAGGACCUUGAGGACAAGCUCAAUGCCAUGUCGAUGCAGGAGGAGCAGAUGCAUCAGCGAAUGGAGACCCUGAUGCGGGAGCGUGAAUUCCUUGCCCACAAGGUUGAGACAGUUCAGAUGGAGAAGGAGGAUAUUGUUCGCGACCACACCAUCGAGACCCGUGAUCUUCGCAAGAAGAACACUUACCUCGAGGGUCAAGUCCAGAAGAUGCAGGAGGCUCUUGACCGUGCUCCCAUGGCUCAUGCCCCUAGCUCAUCCGGAUUCAGCGACAACUUCAACCUCGACUCUGACUUCGAUCUCGACACAGACUACUGGAACAAUGACCCCAUGUCCAUCCAGUCUUCCGACAUUGCUCCAAUCAAGUCCGAGAAGAUCCAGCCACGCGAUGCCGAGAAGCCAGCCGCCGCUCCCGGUCUGUUGCUUAUUGUGAGUUCAUGUCGCAUGUUUGUGCAUUUGAUGUUGUGCUAAUAUUUUUGUAGCUUCUCUUGUGUGGUGCAUUCGUUGCCUCUUCCAAGACCUCUGUUCCCUCACUUCCACCGCUUCCUAAGCAGCUGCAGUCUGCCUCGGCGGAUGUUUUGAACAACAUCUUCCAGGAUGCCGGUGUCACUCCGAUAGAAGCCGGCCGUGUUGAGUCUGCCGAUGUUUCUUCCACCUCCGACACAUGGAUAGUUGCGAAGUCAUCGGUACCCCAGAUGGUUGGACUUGACUCUUCUUUGGCAAUGUUGAAUGCUCAAUUGGACAAACCUUCGUCUGAACAGCAACACGACUCAUUCAUGCAGUUGACGGCUGCUGAGUACAACGAUGUCACCUCCAACAACUUUCUCCGCGAUCCCGAACCAGUUGCCCGAAACCGACGUCAUUUGGACGAAGGCCUUGCCUCCAUGCGAAACAAGCCUACUGCUGCUGAUGUCUACACUCGUUCGCUUCUUUGGGAUAAGGUUGAUGCCGAAGUUGUCCGUCGCUUUGCUGCUUUUGCCCAGCGUGCCCAGGCUCAACAGGCUCGACAAGCUUCCUCCAACGACUGUGAGCCCAGUGGCUAUGGCGAUAGCGCCGUAUAAACUUGUUUCCUUUACCCCCUUUUUUCAUUCCGACCAACAAAAAAUAUGGAGACUUUGAGACACCCACACAAACGCACUUGACGCCAUCGUCGCUUUCCUUGCGUUCAUGCUUCCCUAUAUUUCUAUAAGGGACUGGAUUCAUGAAAUCCCACUUUUCCCCAUCACCGUCCCUCCGUGGUCUAUACGGACUGACAGCUGAUCGACCGGGUCUUCACCCACAUGCGUGACAUUUCAUUUGUUUUAUAUCCUGUGCUUUAUAUCCUUCCCCGGUUCUCUGUGCGCAGAUGUUACCGGCCGGAUGGGCCGCCGACGUUACACCCUCUGCAAUACUUUUCUUUUGUCUUGAAGCAGCUUUUAUUGAUCGUGAUAUGUGGUGUGCUCUUAUUUGUCGUCCCCUCUAUUUUUUAUUCCACAUUGGGUGGCUUCGUGUGACGUGUUUGUAUGUGAAGAUAGUAAGAUGAAAAAACGGUGGUGGUUUCUGAUCGAAUCAUUUGGGCGGCUUUGAGAGGUAUUUUUGGGUUGGCAUAGCGGUUUUUCAUCUCUCUUUUCA